CUUAUCUCCCCCUCCCCGGGAACGGGCGUGACAGUAUAAGAGAUGGCCAUGGAUGGGAGUUUCAAUCUUCAAUCCUCACUAGAAAGAUUUAUUUCUCGGUGCCCAAAGCUUCUAUCUUUUCCGCAGUUUGAUUCUGUCGUAAAAAAGGGACAUACGUUGACUGAAGAGGAAGUUGUCAAUGUGCUGGCAGAGGUUUUUCUGCAUCCAAACUAUACAAUUCCUCUGAUGGGGUGCUUUCGGCCCAUCGCCAGAAAGAUUGUGGAUAAAGCUGUGGCAUUGCUUCGGAUGGUGCCGAAUUUAAGGUCCAAUGCGAAUAAUACAUUAGUGGAGGCUGAAGACGACAAAGUUUUGAAUGAAGUUGCUAGCGUAAUCGAGCACUACAAUCGAUCUGGGAGGGGUUUGGAUCUUCACGAGCUUGCUUGUUUGGCGGCUUGUCGUGCCCUUGAUUUGGGUCCGUUUUUAUUGGGGUCCAUAUUAAGUUAUUUCAAAUUUGCUCCAUCUCCUUUUGAACGAAUUUUGAUGGAAGGAAAAAGUUUCGAGCAAUGUGGUAAUAAGGUUGGACCUUUUGUAUUGCAUGCUGCUCGUAUUUCUUACCGACUCCUCCUCAUGGACUCGGAGAUCUUUUCUAAACUUUGGGAUUGGUCCUGCUUCCUGGAUCUUGUAAAGCAGUCCUCCAAUCUUCACCUGAACAGAAAUGCUGGAUAUGCAGAUACUUUUAUUGCAGAUAUUAGAUGGUGUGGGAUACAAAUUCUAUCAGUCAUUCUGAAAACGAGCUGCAGACCAACUGCAGACUUCAGUAUUGAGACUGAAGAAGCAUUCACAUGUUUAUUGCGCUGGGAGGAGUUUUGUCAAGAUACAUCAUUGGAGAAGGCUGAGUGGUAUAUUGAGGAGUCUGUACAAAAUAGUUUGAGUUCUCCCAGUAGAAGCAGUGGUUUCAGCGAAGAGAAUUGUCUCCAGCCUUCUGGAAUUUGUCCUUUGGCAAUUUCCUCUUCAGGGUUCCAUGAACUGCCAUCUAGAAGUAAAAGACUUGCUACAUGGGCUGAUAAAUCGUUUGGAAAUUUGUUCGUUUUAACGUCAGCUGUGAAGAAAAGUUUUGAGAUGGUUGUGUUGGCUUUGAGUCAAAAGUGGCCUGUUCUUCUAUAUGGUCCUGCUGGCGCUGGAAAAUCAGCUCUUAUCAACAAGUUGGCCCGGGAUAGUGGGAACCAAGUUCUGUGCAUCCAAAUGGAUGAUCAAAUCGAUGGUAAAACAUUAUUGGGAAGUUAUGUUUGUACAGAGCAACCGGGUGAAUUUAGAUGGCAGCCCGGUUCACUUACCCAGGCGGUCCAAAAUGGAUUUUGGGUUGUAUUUGAGGAUAUUGACAAAGCACCAUCUGAUGUGCAGUCCAUCUUAUCACCAUUACUAGAAGGUGAAAGCUCAUUUUCAAAUGGGCACGGGGAGGAAAUAAUGGUAGCAGAAAGGUCUCGACUAUUUUCCACAAUUUCAACUUCGAAACUUGAUAUAUCACAUGGUGCAGAAGGUGGAAAACUCGGUGCUUUUUGGAGGAAAGUGAUCAUUAUGCCUCCAUGUAAUGAAGACUUGCUAGAUAUAAUAAAAGCUUGGUAUCCAAAUCUGGAGCCAAUUUCUGAGAAACUCAUAGAAACCUUUGAAAAUGUUAACAUUUCACCUGUACAUCAACUGGCGGGCUUUGGCACCAGAAACUCUGCUUCCGUUAGCUAUCGCAGCAGGUUCUCAUUAAGGGAUCUUCUUAAAUGGUGCAAGCGAAUCUCAGAUUUAGGCUUCAGCUUCAGUGGGGCUUGUUUGUCAGCUUAUGAGGGUCUUUGCAUUUAUCAAGAAGCUGUUGAUAUAUUUGCGGCCUUUUCAACUUCAGCUGAAAAUAGGGUGACUAUCAUGAAAGACAUUGCAAAGUUGUGGGCAGUGCCAACUUCAGUAGCAGAGACUUUAUAUCCUCAAAAUAAGCCUGUGAUUCAGGAAUUGCACACAGACUUGAGAGUUGGUCGAGUUUAUCUUCAACGCACACAAAGAGUUUUACCAUACCAAAAGAAACCUUUUGCUGAGAUUCGGAGUUCUCUGCAUUUACUUGAGAGGAUUGCUUGCUCUGUUAAGUGCAAUGAACCUAUUCUCUUGGUUGGUGAAACUGGUACAGGGAAGACUACACUCGUGCAGUAUCUGGCCAUGAAACUCACUCAGAAACUUACUGUUUUGAACUUAAGUCAGCAAAGUGAUGUUGCCGAUCUAUUAGGGGGAUUUAAGCCUAUGAAUGCACAGUUCAUAUGCUUUCCCCUCUAUAAGGAGUUUGAAGAUCUUUUCUCCAAGACAUUCUCCAUGAAGGUCAAUGUUGACUUUCUUGCCCAUUUACAGAAGCAUCUUACUGAUAAGAAUUGGAAAAUGUUACUAGCGGGGUUUCAAAAAGGCGUUGAUUCUUUUCGAAAGUUGGUUCACGAGGGAAGAUCUGGGUCUGGUAAAAAGCGCAAGAAACCUUUGGAUGAAGAAAGUUUUAAAGCUUGGGAUACUUUCUCUUUCAAGCUUGAAACUGCCCGUGGGCAUAUUGGUGCUUCAUCAGGCAUGCUGUUUUCAUUCGUUGAAGGAGCUUUUGUAACUGCACUGAGAAAUGGUGAGUGGAUUUUGCUUGAUGAGGUGAAUUUGGCACCUCCAGAGACUUUGCAGAGAGUUAGUGGCGUUCUUGAAGGGGAGAAUGGAUCACUCUGUUUAGCUGAAAGAGGAGAUGUUAAUUAUAUACACCGACAUCCUAACUUUCGUAUAUUUGCAUGUAUGAAUCCUGCAACUGAUGCUGGGAAGCGGGAUUUGCCCUUCACUUUAAGGAGUAGAUUUACAGAGUACUUUGUCGAUGAUGUGUUGGAUGAUGAGGAUCUGACUCUAUUUAUUAAUCAGUUUAUGGACGACAGCAAAAAUAAUCGAGAAUUAGUGAAUAAAAUUGUGCGCUUUUAUAAAGCAGCCAAAAAGGACUCGGAAGAGAGGCUGCAAGAUGGGGCUAAUCAGAAACCACAAUACAGUUUGAGGUCUCUCUACCGUUCAUUAGAAUAUACGAGGAAAGCGGAAAGGAAGUUUGGGUUUCGAAAGGCAAUAUAUGAUGGGUUCUGUAUGUUUUUUCUUACUCUGUUGGACGGACCCAGUGCUGAGAUAAUGAAUAAAAUGAUAUUGUCAUAUUUGUUGGGAGGAAAUGUGCCUCCACAUGUACCUUUUGAUGAUUACUUAACAUUUAAAGGGAACUCCAAGUCUGAUAAUUUUCUGGAGAACUAUGUUCUAACUAAAAGUGUCAGAGAGCAUCUUAGAAACUUGGCACGUGCUAUUAUGAUUAAAAGGUAUCCUGUUCUCCUACAGGGACCUACAUCGAGCGGGAAAACUAGCCUUAUUCAGUAUCUUGCUGCAGUAACUGGUCACGCAUUUGUACGUAUCAAUAAUCAUGAACACACUGAUUUACAGGAAUAUUUAGGUUCCUAUGUAACUGAUGCUAGUGGAAAACUUGUAUUUCAUGAGGGUGUGUUAGUUAAGGCUGUUCGUGAUGGUUAUUGGAUAGUUUUGGAUGAGCUUAACUUGGCCCCAACUGAGGUGCUUGAAGCACUGAACAGAUUGCUAGACGACAACAGAGAGCUUUUUGUUCCUGAACUGCAGGAAACUAUACGAGCACAUCCAGAUUUCAUGCUUUUCGCCACUCAAAAUCCACCUACUUUCUAUGGUGGGCGUAAAAUUCUUUCUCGUGCAUUUCGCAAUCGUUUUAUUGAGUUACAUGUGGAUGAAAUACCAGAGAACGAGUUGAGCGAAAUAUUAGAAAAGAGAUGUGUAGUACCAGAAAGUUACUCUAAGAAAAUUGUUGGAGUUAUGAAGGAGUUGCAGUUGCUCAGGCAGAGUAGCAAAAUAUUCGCAGGAAAGCAUGGUUUUAUAACUCCACGAGAUUUGCUCCGUUGGGCUAAUCGUUUCAAGGCAUUUGGGAGUUCUUAUGAGGAUUUAGCUAAGGAUGGUUAUUAUCUACUGGCAGAAAGGUUGCGGGAUGAGGAUGAGAAGCGUGUUGUCCAAGAAGUUUUGGAGAGACAGCUCAGGGCUAAACUUGUCAAAGAUGACUUGUACAAGCAGGAUGGAGUUGGUGGGAACCCUUCUUUCAACGAUGGUGCAGGAGUUUCAGGGGGUCUCCAAAAUGUCGUCUGGACUAAAAGCAUGUGGAGACUAUACUUUCUUGUUAAGCGUUGCUAUGAAUUGCGUGAGCCUGUACUUCUUGUCGGUGAAACUGGGGGUGGGAAGACUACCGUCUGUCAAUUACUGAGUAUUGCUUUGGACUUGAAAUUGCACAUAUUAAACUGCCAUCAGUACACAGAGACAUCUGAUUUUCUAGGGGGGUUUUAUCCUAUUAGAGGAAGAUCAAGACUUAUCGCAAAAUUUAAAGAAAAAAUUGAACAAGUGAUGAUGUCGGAGGCUUUUAUCCACUAUCCCCAGGACUUUACCAUUUCUUCAGAUAUUAGUCAAGCAUCUUCGACUCUUGAUCAUCUAGGUAAAAUGAUUACUCAUUACAAACAAGGUCUAGUCUCAUGUGCUGAUAUCACAAAACAAGACAUCGGUAUUCUAGAGAAAUUAAUAGCAGAACUCUCUGAGCUGCAUCAGAAGUGGCAGACCAUAUUUAUGUGGCAAGAUGGACCCCUUGUACAAGCAAUGAAGCAUGGUGAUUUAUUUCUUGUGGAUGAAAUUUCCUUGGCUGAUGAUAGCGUACUUGAAAGAUUGAACAGUGUCUUGGAGCCAGAAAGAAAACUAUCUUUGGCUGAGAAAGGAGGGUCUGUUUUGGAGAAAAUUACUGCCCAUCCAAAAUUUUUUGUUCUUGCCACGAUGAACCCAGGCGGUGAUUAUGGUAAGAAGGAACUAUCACCGGCUCUUCGUAAUCGGUUUACAGAGAUAUGGGUUCCCCCUGUUGGUGAGCUGAAUGAGCUCAGAAGUAUUGCUCUGCAGAGGAUUUCCAACCCUAAAAACUCACACAUUGUGGAUGCUAUGCUAAGUUUUUGGGAAUGGUUCAACCAGUUGCAACCAGGGCGAAUGCUUACUGUUAGAGAUCUUCUCUCUUGGGUUGCUUUUAUUAACAUGACUGAGAGGAGUUUGGGGCCUGAAUAUGCAUUCCUUCAUGGGGCAUUUCUUGUUUUGCUUGAUGGACUGAGUUUAGGGUCUGGUAUUUCUAAAAGAGAUGCUGGAGAGUUAAGGGAGAGCUGCUUAUCUUUUCUUUUAGAAAAACUACAGGUGGAAACUGCUGAUUCUAUGCACACAAACCUUUCAAGAAUGGAAAAUUAUGGUUGGGGUCAUCUCGGAAUGACUGCAGAUAUUUCGUGCAGUGAUAGCAUGCAAUGUGACAAUAUCUUUGGCAUCAAUCCAUUCUACAUUGAAAAAGGUUGUGAAAGGUGUGAGGUUGGGGGAUUUGAGUUUUUAGCACCAACCACCUGCAGAAAUGCCUAUCGGGUGCUGAGGGCUAUGCAGCUUCCAAAGCCUGUUCUACUGGAAGGGAGUCCAGGUGUCGGGAAAACGAGUUUGAUUGUUGCCUUGGGCAAAUUUUCCGGACAUAAAGUUGUGCGUAUAAACUUGUCUGAGCAGACUGAUAUAAUGGACUUGUUGGGAUCAGACUUACCAAUUGACAGAGAAGAAGGAAUACAGUUUGCAUGGUCUGAUGGGAUCCUAUUGCAGGCUUUGAAGGAAGGGUGUUGGGUUUUGCUUGAUGAACUCAAUCUUGCUCCCCAAUCUGUGUUAGAGGGUUUGAAUGCCAUUCUUGAUCACCGUGCUGAGGUCUUUAUCCCAGAACUGGGUCUCACCUUUAAGUGCCCCUCCUCUUUUAGACUUUUUGCAUGUCAAAAUCCUUCCCAUCAAGGUGGUGGCAGAAAAGGACUUCCAAAAUCCUUCCUCAACCGUUUUACUAAGGUUUACGUGGAUGAGUUAGUUGAGGAUGACCAUCUUUUCAUCUGCAGUUCACUUUAUCCUUCAAUCCCAAGGUCUAUGCUAUCAAAACUGAUACUAUUUAACAAACGAUUGCAUGAAGACACUAUGAUGUAUCACAAGUUUGCACAGGAUGGCUCACCUUGGGAGUUUAAUCUGCGUGAUGUGAUUCGAUCAUGUCAGAUAAUACAAGGUACACCAGAGAACUUAAGAGAUUAUUGUUUCCUCAACAUUCUGUACAUUCAAAGAAUGCGUACAGCAGCUGACCGCAGAGAGAUCCUACGGCUAUAUGAGGAGGUUUUUGAGGUCAAGCCAUUUAUAAAUCCUUUCCCACGGGUUCAGCUCAAUUCUCGAUACUUAAUUGUGGGGAAAACUGCCAUUAAAAGGAACUAUGUUCAAUCAUCUAAAAUGCCAAGUAGUCAGCUUAAAAUUGUUCCCGGAAUUCGUCAAUGCUUGGAAGCUGCAGCACAUUGUGUGCAGCAUCAAUGGCUGUGCAUCUUGAUGGGUCCGCCUUCAUCUGGUAAGACCUCAUUGAUAAGGUUGCUUGCUCAGCUCACUGGCAGUGUACUGCAUGAAUUAAAUCUUUCGGCUGCGACUGAUAUAUCUGAAUUACUUGGAUGCUUUGAGCAAUAUGAUGCCUUCCGAAAUUUUCGCAUUGUUGCUGAUCAAGUUGAGUGCUAUGUUAAAGAGUAUUAUAGUAUGCAAUUGGACUCCUCAAAGGAAACAUUUUUGGGCAAAAGAAAAGAUCUGUUAAUUACGAGAUGGAUUGCCUUUUUAUCUAGCAUGGAUUAUGAUUUUGUAUCAGGAUCUACUUCUUUGUAUGCGGAGAAGUGGAAGAGAAUGGUUGAUUCUCUUGGUAUGUUAGUUGAGAUCAUCGAACAACUAAAGUUGGAUCAUAAGAGAAAUGUUCUACCUGUGUCAUGGUCAAGCAUGGAUCUUGAUAGCGCCAUGAAGAUGGUUUUGAAGUUGCAAGACGGUAAUCAGAAAAGGCCCAUUUCUGCCAAGUUUGAAUGGGUUAUGGGACCGCUGAUAAAAUCUAUAGAACAUGGAGAAUGGAUUGUUCUGGAGAACGCAAAUCUUUGUAACCCUACAGUUCUUGACAGAAUCAACUCUUUAGUGGAGCCAUCUGGCUCAAUUAUGAUUAACGAGUGUGGAAUUGUUGAUGGAAAACCAGUGGUUCUCCAUCCACACCCUAAUUUUCGAAUGUUCCUUACUGUUAACCCGAACUAUGGUGAAGUUUCGCGAUCAAUGCGAAAUAGAGGAGUUGAAAUAUUUAUGAUGCAGCCAUAUUGGUUUCUGGAUGAGGGAAGUGGGUACAGCUCUAAGCAGAUUGAACUAAAAGAUGUGGAGCGAUUUCUCAUUCUAUCAGGUAUUCCUGGUGGUAGAUUGGUUGAGUCGAUGGCCAAAGCACACAUCUAUGCUAGGGAUGAAGGAUCACGCCUCAAUAUUUACAUUACUUAUCUUGAGCUGGCACGUUGGGUUCAGUUACUCCAGCAGCUUCUAAUGAAUGGUAAUCAGCCUCUGUGGAGUCUCCAUGUCAGUUGGGAGCAUACAUAUCUUUCUUCUUUAUGUGAGGCAGGAGGGGAUAUUAUUAGUCAGGCUAAACAUGAUUAUUUACAAGUUAUAGAAUUGUCUGAUUCAUCAUUGGCACAUUCUCUGUGUUUGCCUGGAGGAUGGCCAAUGCCAUUGAAAAUAAGAGAUUUUAUAUGGUACUCAAAAGAAGCUUGUGUGAAACAAAACUGCAUGUAUCUGGAGUUCCUGGGGACUCGAUGUGCAUCAUAUGAAAUUGCUAGGAUUGGGUACCCUGUGGACAAGACAUCAACUGCUUGUGGCCAUGCAAGAACUCACUUUCUAAAUGUAAAGAAGUUAGAACAGAUGAUAUUUCCCAGGGCUUCAAUGGGUGCAGUUUCAAACUUUGGUAGAACUGAACUUGAUUUGGCAUUGGCUAAUAAGAUGCUACUAUUUGCUGCUAACUGGACCAUUGAACAAGCCACUGAAAGUGAUAUUGAGCUUUAUAUUCUCUGGUUUAGCUGGUUUAGUUCUCAAUUGCAGCCAUUCUGUCAGUGUUUGAGUUCUUUUUCGACUUUAAUCAAGCAGGUCAUGGAGCAUCCAAUUUGGAACUACGUUUCUCGCCGACGCCAUGAGGUUGCAUCACUUUACCAAGUAGAUUUUGACAUGCAGCCUAUACCUAUCUUGUCAUUUGAGUUGGUUGAUUUAGCUGCAUCAAGUGAUAUGAGCAAGUUGUGCAGUAAAUAUUUAAGUAAUGCCAUUAACUGCCUAGGUCCACUGCGGGUUAGUUAUCAACAAUGGAAUGCUGAGAGCUGCCAAGACUAUAGUGAAGCUCGGUGUUUCAACCCAGUUUUGAAAUCUCCACAAUUGAUGGAGCAGGAUGAAGCUCAGUCCUUCAUACCAAUUUUGAAAUCUCUGCGAGUAAUGGAGGAGGAUAUCCUUCAUAAAUUUGUUGAUCCACCAUUUAUGUUUGUGGAGUCUCCUUCUUUUGAUGUGCUGAUUCGGUUGUACACUGACGUUCUUGAAGAUCACAUACAGUUCUGGAAUGGUGUUAUGUCAUCAAAUGUUGAGCAGCUCCUAAUUUCUUGGCGGUCUUUGAUGAAGGAUGCUGCCAAAUUGAAGGAAAAAUUGAAUGAUAUCUGUCCAGAAGCAAUUGAUAUUGUGCUGAGGGAAAGCAAGAAGCUGGAGAAUAUGGCCAAAGUCUCUUCUUGGAAUUUUCAUUCUGAGAAGUCUCUGCUCUGGGUUCAUGGUGGUCAUCCAUAUUUGCCGCCUUCUUCUAAUUUAUAUCAUAAGCAGCAUCAGCUUUCUUUACUUUGUGAGUUGCUUUGGCCAACAAAGUCAAAAUCGUGGGCGCAGGUGAAUAGAAGUCUGAUUGAGACUGUUGCAUCAUCAAAUCCCGAACUUCGCUUUCUCGCAAUGCAAGGUGUUUCCAUGUCAUUAUAUAUCAUGAACAAGUUUGAUCAUGAUCAAGAUGAGGUCCCUAUUGUUCAGCAGUUGGAGGAGAUGCGACAGAUGAUCCAAAAAAUAUUUGAAAACAAAAGACAAAAAUUGGAGGAAAGCUCUACCAAGCAUGCAAGUUCCGAGGCAGAUUCAUCUGCUUGUUGUUCCUUCUUUCCUGAAGUUUUGUGUGGGAAGUCUGGGUUUGAAAGCUGGCAGGACACACUUCCUCUAACUGACAGGACAAGUUUUUUGCUUGAUUUGGAGUUACUGCAGGAGCUUUCAUCUAUCCUUUUGGUUGAUCCCAAAGGUUUACAGCAGGCUUUGGGUACCGUAUCUAACCUUCUGGAAUCUGGCUUGAAAUUUUCAUUGACCUUCUCAUCAAGACCUCCCCAAAUAUUUUUACCACAUCAAAAGAUCUUGUGGAUAUUGGACGCAUGGACUUCAGUGGAUGCAGUAAAUGCAAAAAUCACAAGUUUUGUUCUUGAGAUGUGGUUUAGGUGGCAUGAGUCUUUGUGGACCCAUCGACCUGUUUUUAUCAAGAACUUCUCAAAGAUUGAUGAUUAUGAUAUUCCACUGCCGGAUAUGCUUUUUCAGCCUGUGAAUACAGCAACAGUGUUCCAGACUCUGCAAAGGACGUCCACUGUAUGUGAAUAUUUUGUCCAUGGUCUGAAGCUUAGAGUUGCUUCUUGUAGUCUUUGGUGCAGCUCUCCAACAGAGGCAAAUAUACCUCAUUUUCUUUUAUCUAUGGCUCGCUUUCUUUUCCAGCAGAUUAUAUAUGCACAUGAAAAAUCUUUUGAGGCGAAUGGAUUUGUGACAAUCAAGUCCAAUCUUUGUGCAUUCUGGAAGAAUAUGGUUAAGGAAGAAAACAUCCAGCAAAUGUGCUUUCUUAUUCUCUCAUCAAGCUAUUGCAGAUUGAAAGAGUCGGUGCACAUAUUCAUUGAGCCGCUGCUUAGAGAGCUCUAUCUUCCUUGCUCAUCUACAGACUUCCUCUAUGUUCUUGGCUGUGCAUGGUUACGGAUUGGGGGAUUACGCUUUCAUCUCUUGCUUAGCGGGGAUGAUUUGGAUCCUGCCAUGAAAUACCAUUGGAAGUAUUCACAUUUAGCUGAAAAGAAAGCAUCGAUUAAACUUGAAAUGCAGGUACGACAAGAAUGUGACUAUUUAGCAGGAUGUUUUUCUUCAAGACAAGCUGAUAAUAGAAGAGUGCAGGCAUUAGAAAAUCUUGAAGUGGAGCUCAGACGGGUGCGAAGAAAGAUUGUGUUCCGCUCUGAUCCUGGGAAAUUUAAGAAGUUAAAAACUGAAUGUGGUGACUUUCUCAUACAAUGCUUUGAGUUUCUGAAACUCGUUACAUCUUUGGAGGUUAUGGCGAGUAAUAUCAAAGCUAUGGACUUGCCACAAAUUGUCAGUCAAGUUUCCAGCUGGCAGGACACAGCAACCUGUUUUAUUGACCGGUUAUCAGAUGAAUAUGCUGCAUACAUCGAUGUAGUUCAACCAGUUCAAGUUGCGGUGUAUGAAAUGAAAUUAGGCUCAUCACUGGUUCUGUCAAGUGUCUUCCAGAAAUCAUUUCUUAGUAGGGUUGAGCUGGAUAAUGUUGAUCUUGUUAUGGAGAAUUUGGCAGGGAACUAUCUAUUCAUUAAUGAGAUUUCCCGUGGAUCUUCAUCCAAGUCUGUUUCUAUUAACUUGAACACCAUGCAGCCUGAGCUUCCUUUCUAUGAUAUAGAUAUUCCUACAAACUUUUGUGCAGCUGAUAUGAGCUUGCUGGAAAAGUUGGUUUCAUUCUCAAGUGACAUUGCUGUUGAUAAGGUCUCUGUUAUACAACUUCAAGCUGCUCUCCAUCACAACAUUCUUGUCCGUGUAGCACAUUCAGUUGCAAAUUCACAAUUGAUGGAUCAUGAGUCCUUUAAGAUCUUGGACAAGAUAUUUAGUGAAUUUUCAAACCUCUGGAUGAGAAUGAAAGUUCAAUCAAAAACCAAAAGGGACUAUGGUUCUCAGCAGUACAAGUUUAGGCCUCGUGCAUUUCAUAUUGAUAGCAUUAUUGAAGUUGACAUAUCAACACUGGGAAAGUCCAUGGCAAAUGAUAGUUUUUUGGAAUGGAAGGAAUUGCUGUCAGAAGAAGAAUUUAAUACAACGAAUGAAGCUCACAAGGAACCAGAAACUUCAGAGGAAGAAUGGAAUGUUGUAGAGGAGUCCUUCCUGAAUAACAUGGUCCAUGUUCACAAUCAAUUAUUUGGUUCAAAUAAUCUUGUCCUCGCUCCGGGAACUUUCAAAGUAUCUGAUGCAGAUAGAUUGCUUUCCUUCACUGACUCCUAUAGAUUGGGAGUGGGGAUGAUUAAAGGUUUGGGGAGUUUAUUUUUGUCUAGUUUAGAUGCUAAACUUGUGCCAGAGCACUUGUUACGUCUUUGUUUGGAGCACGAUGAUAAAACAUCUAGGACAUCAGCAUACAAAUACAAUUUUUACAAGGAUUCAAAUGCUCCUCUUAUGGCUAAAAUGGUGAAAUUGCUUACUGGUCUUCAACAUCAGAUUCUUUCCCUUUUGAAUGAAUGGGAGGAUCACCAUGGCCUUGGUAAAAUCUUGGAUGUGAUUGAGAUGCUCUUGAAUAUUCCUCUGAGCACUCCUUUAGCUAAGGCUCUUGCAGGAUUGCAAUUCCUACUUAACAGGGCCCUGGUGUUACAAGAAAAUGGCUCAAAAUUCUCUCUCUCUGAUCAAUUGGAGCCCAUCCAUUUAUUGGUGUCCUCAUGGAAAAAGAUGGAAUUUGGCUCUUGGCCUGCCCUGCUUGACGAGGUGCAAGAUCAGUAUGAGAUCAAUGCUGGAAAGUUAUGGUUUCCUCUGUAUUCAGUUAUUCAACACAGACAUUCCCCUGAUAUGGUUGGAUAUAAUCUAUCUACGAUCCAAAGUUUGGAGGAGUUCAUUCACACAUCCAGCAUUGGUGAAUUUAAGAAACGCCUUCAAAUUCUUUUUGCUUUCCUUGGUCAGUUUAGUACUGGUAGAUGCCUGAAUAUGUAUUCAAGUCCUUCAGACGUGGAAACUCUGAAGAUCUUAUACAAUGUGGUUGGAUUUUAUGUGCAAUUCUUGCCAACUGUUUUGGAACACAUAAAAGCUAAUAGAAGAAAUAUUGAGGUAGAGCUGAAAGAGCUUCUAAAACUAUGUGGAUGGGAGCAUUCUGAGAGUUUGGUGUCUAUCGAAAACUCAAAAAGGACCCGUCAUAAGCUCAAGAAGCUUAUACAGAAGUACACUGAUUUUCUGCAGCAGCCUGUAAUGCUUUUCCUUAACCAAGAUGCACUACAAAGCGGAGCAAAAGCUCAAUUUCUGCAUGGUCAAUUGCUCCUUAAUGAAAUUUCAGUCAAAACUAUUGGGAUUCCGAAUGCUUCUUUUGAUAUGACACUGUUCCAUGAUGAAGACAGGUCCAUAUGGUUUGCUGAUUGGAGGAAAAAAAUAGAUUAUGCUUUGCAAAAGUUGCACCUUGAGAAAGCUGAAUAUGAUAAUCAAUUCUUACACUUCAGGGGUGCUGAAGAGGUCACAAGUAGUUUAAGACAGUGCUCGGCUUCCCAAUCUGCGCCCCUCUUGUACCAGGAUCAAUGGAAGGCUGUGUGGUGGACAAUUGAGAAAAUAUAUAGGACUGUAGUUGAUUGUGGUGAUCUAUGGAAGGAUACAAACAAAAGUCUGGGGAAGAGGAGGGCCUUUUCGGAGCUUCUAAAGCUCUUAGAGAGCAGUGGAUUGUCUAGGCACAAGUCUGUGUUUAUGGAGGACCAACAUAAAUCUUGGUGGUUCCUUGAGCCAUCAUACGAUAUACAGCACCUGCUGCUGACACAAAAUAGACUGGCUUCUGAAGCUUCAGAUGUUGCUGCUGCCAGCCAAUCUCAAAGUUUUCCAUGUGAGUUUUUGGUUACUGAAUGGAAAACAGGCAAUGAAUACUACUUUAAGAGCAUAGCAUCAGUGCUGCUUGUGCAGCAGAUUUGCCUGAACUCCCACAAAGAUAUUACCCGUGAACAGAUUGAUAGGUCCAGUGCGUUUCUCAACCAGCUCAUUGAUAUACAACAGAAGCAACAGGUUGCUGCCAAUGAUUUUGGGAAGCAAUUGAAGCGCAUUAGGGAAUGCAUUUCUAAUUUGGAAAAUCUAUAUAAGACCCCAUCAACUGAUAUUAAAAUUUUUGGUGUGUGCUCUGUUCAAAAUCAGCAUGCCACCUUGAAAUGUCUGUGGCAGCAGAAGCAACUCUUUGAUGAUCUGUGUGCUGUGAUGUAUGAAGAAUCACUGUUGCUUAAAACAUUUGCAAAUACGCAUCUGAACACUUGUCAAAGUGUCAAAGCUGCUGCAAAUAGGAUUCUUGAUUUCAUCGGGAAAUUUCUUCCAGAUUUUCAGAAAUCGAAGGAAUUGUUGGAUUACUACCUCCUUGGCCGCAAUGGAGCAAUAACAACACUUGCUGGUUCCUCACACUGUUGUGUUAUUACAAGACAGAUGGAACAGUUGGUUUCUGAGAACUUCCAGGCCAUAAAGGAGUUUGAGAAGCAUCUUUCAGUUGUCCGUGAGCAAGAUGUGGAUAGAAGCUCAGUUAAAGAGGCUUUGCUGAGUCAUUUUGAAGAAUUAUUCAAGAAGGGAAGAUUGAUCGAAGAAGAGCAUACUUCCAUGCUGUCAGCAGAUGCACAUACUGAGGAAAAUUGUUUCAAGUUUGGUGAAGCCCUUAACUCUACAUUCGAACAUAUUACCGAUGUGUUGCAGAAAAUCGGUUCAUCAAGUUCUGAUCGUAGCCUUCCAGAAGAGUCAGUUGGGAACAUUACAUCCUGGAAAUUUCUGUUUGAUUUUUUUGUAGCUGAUCUGAGAUUGGAUCUACUAUGUGAUAAGCUUCUCAAAACUUUAUUUUGUGAGGAAAUACUAGUGAAUCAUUCGGGCAAUAAUAUUAGUAGUAAGUUCCAUGUUGGAGUUCAAGUUCAGCAUCUACAUGUCCUUCUGAACCUAAUAUUAAACUUUGGCGAUGCUCUCCUUCAAGAUCUUUUAGCCAUGUACAGAACAGUUUCUGUGGUGACCCAUGUCCUUGCAAAUGUUUUAGCUUCCUUAUAUUCCAAAGGGUUUGGCAUCUCUGCCAAAGAUGAGCUGGAUGACACUACCCACAAUAUGCCUCAAGAUGUAAGUGGAACAGGAAUGGGGGAGGGUGCUGGAAUGAAUGAUGUCAGUGAUCAGAUAACCGAUGAAGAUCAGCUGCUUGGGGCUUUGGAAAAGUCAAGUGAAGAACAAGAUGCCUCAAAUGAAAUCCCAAAUAAGAAUGAGAAGGGGAUUGAGAUGGAACAGGAUUUUGCAGCUGAUACAUAUAGCAUUAGUGGGGACUCUGCAGAAGAAAACAAUGAAAAUAGUGAAGAUGAGCAGUUAGAGUCCACAAUGGGGGAAACUGGAGCUAGCAGUGAAGUAGUUGACGAGAAACUUUGGAACAAGGAUGAAGAUGACAAACCCAGUGAUACAAAUGAAAAGUAUGAAUCCGGUUCUUCUGUUAAGGAUCAGGAUACAAGUUGUAGGGAGCUUAGGGCAAAGGAAGAUUGUGCUGCUACUUCUGAUGAACCUGGAGAGCUUAAUUCUGAUGAACUUGAUAAACUUGAUGAUGAGAUUAGAAGUGAGGACAACCUUAUUGACAGAGAGAACACAGAAGAUGUGAACCUGGAUAAAGAAGAGGCAUUUGCUGACCCUACAGGGUUAAAGCUUGAUGAAUCGAAUCAGUGUUCUGAUGAUAAUAUGGACACGGAUGAAACAGACAGUGCAGAUCCUUUAGGGAAUGAGGAAUUUGAUGAGAAGGGAGACCCAGAGCAAGAAAAUACGUGUCCAGAAGAUGAAACUAAUGGAGAGACAGAGACAGAACAAGUGGGUGGAAGCCCCAAAAAGGAUGAUCUUGAGAGGGAUCACAAAGAGAAUGUUGAGAUGAAUUCAACUGAACCUAGUAACAAUGUGUUUGAACCAGGAAUUUCUGACUUUCCUACUGAUCGUAUGCCCAAUGCAGAAUCUGCAACACAACCAAAGGGUGACUCUCAUGCAUCAGAUUCAAGAAAUAUAGCACCAGAAUCAAACUGGUCUAGUGGUGAUGAUGCUUAUAAUGACCUUGCUCCUUCGAGAGGCUUACCUUCCACCAAUACCACUGAAAUGGAUUUUGCUAUGGCUGACUCAUCAACUACUGGGAGACUCACUGAUGAUCCAUCAAAAAGUCAAUUGCCCCAACAUGAAUCUUCAUCUACACAGAAAACACAACCAAACCCUUAUCGGAGUGUUGGGGAUGCCCUUGAGGAAUGGAAAGAAAGGGUCAAAGUGUCUGUUGAUCUUCAGGCAGAUAAUUUAGAGGCACAGGUUGAGAUGGAGGAUGAUAAUGCAGAAGAAUAUGGAUAUGUGUCUGAGUUUGAAAAAGGAACCGCGCAGGCCUUGGGACCUGCAAUAACUGAGCAGGUUGACAGAAAUGUCAAUGGCAAUAAGCCAGAAGCAGAUUGUCCUACAGUGCAUAGAGAUGACAUUACUGAUAUGGAGAUUGAGAAUCAAAAUUCUGAAGCACACCCUCUCAGGAGCCAUGCCUCAGUCCACACAAAAAAGAUUGAAGAGCAUAUGCAUUUAUCAGGUUUGGAGAAGUCGCCUGAUGAGGGAUCUGAAGAACUUCAAAGCCAUGAUGAUGGUAAUACCAGCAGCCUGUCUGAGAGUUUGGUCUCUGUCAAGAAGGCUUUUUUGGAAGGCAUACAACAAUUCACUAAACUUUCUGUAAUUGAUGAUGAGUUGGGAAAGGCCCAAGAUCCCAUGGAAGUCUCCAAUGACAAGAAUGAUAAUGCUACUGCUCUCUGGAGAAGAUAUGAACUGCUGACAACAAGGUUGUCCCAGGAACUGGCUGAACAAUUGCGUCUUGUUAUGGAACCAACUCUUGCAAGCAAGCUCCAAGGGGAUUAUAAAACUGGGAAGCGAAUAAACAUGAAGAAGGUAAUUCCAUACAUUGCAAGUCAUUACCGAAAAGAUAAAAUAUGGCUGAGGCGGACCCGACCUAACAAACGUGAUUACCAAGUUGUUAUUGCUGUGGAUGAUUCCCGUAGCAUGUCCGAAAGUUGCUGUGGUGAUGUUGCUAUUGAAGCUUUGGUGACAGUAUGCCGUGCCAUGUCUCAUCUGGAAAUGGGAAACUUGGCUGUUGCAAGCUUUGGGAAGAAAGGUAAUAUAAGGUUGCUGCAUGAUUUUGAUCAGCCAUUUUCUGGGGAGGCCGGGAUCAAGAUGAUCUCCAGUUUAACAUUCAAGCAGGAGAACACUAUCGCAGAUGAACCAGUGGUUGAUCUGCUUCAGUAUUUGAACAACAUGCUGGAUGUCGCUGUUGCUAAUGCACGACUCCCUUCCGGACAGAACCCAUUACAGCAGCUUGUUUUGAUUAUUGCAGAUGGUCGGUUCCAUGAGAAGGAAAACUUGAAGCGCUGUGUUAGAGAUGCCUUGAGUAGGAAGCGUAUGGUUGCAUUUCUACUCCUUGAUAGUCCGCAAGAAUCAAUCAUGGACCUCAUGGAAGCAUCUUUUGAGGGUGGCGCCGUUAAGUUUUCAAAGUAUAUGGAUUCUUUUCCCUUCCCAUACUACAUCGUGCUAAGGAACAUCAAAGCACUUCCUAGGACCCUUUCUGACUUACUUAGACAGUGGUUUGAGCUUAUGCCGUAUUGGAGGGACUAAAUUUGUUGAGCGUGGCAAUGGCUGCACAACUUGUUUGGGCCCCAAUUGAUGUGGUUAGCCGAAGGAUGGUUCAAGGUGGUGUUAAUUGCGGCCCUGGUGGCGGUAAACCUGAAUUCAACUGUUGCUAACGCAUCGGCGUGUAAAUAACUUAAUGGGAUCGAUGCAUUUAGGAAGAUUUUAAAUACGGAUGUACCAAGGGGAUUGUAUAGGGGGUUUGGUAUACCAUUUUGACGUAUAAACCAUCUCAAUUGACGCUCAAAUCCGGUGUAAUAAUCUGAAUGUGAGGUAUGCCGAUGUGGAAAGACACGCAUGGAUAUCUGAUUUCUUCCGGGCC